AUGGGCACAGGAGGACAGUGCUACACCAACACAGAUUGGAAACACAAGCUUGCCAAUCUCUUGGCUGGUGGCAGCUCCAACUUUUUCGAUACCUUCUUCAAGGUCUGGGAUGACCUGUCUCCUUCUGCUGGCUGGAUUUUUUGUUGGGGUGACCGCAGUGGCUCGUGGAUCGUGGGCAACACCUACGGCACGAGUGGAUCCCUCUAUGAUUCGUACCAAGGCCUCACGUACUUGCGAAACCUCUUCAUUGACCCGCAGGAUUCACAGGACUGGGGCACCGUUGGCUUAUACAUGGGCUUCUUUUGCCCGGCAGGUUCAUCUGUGGAUCAAUUUACCGAGCUCAAAGCAGGAUUUGCUUUCAACAAGUGUGACUCGGGCCUGAACUUCAUGUUGUCCAUCAGCGCCGACACCAUGGAGUGCUUCGCGGACAAGUUCGCGCCGGGGCUCUCGCGCUUGGCGGGGCUGGUGCCCGAGCUCAGCCUGGGCAUCUCAGUGGACCGGAAACUCUCCAAGUCGGUGCUCUUGGCCCAUGGAGAUGGGGAUGAUAUCCGAGUGAAUGGUGUCACGCCGCUCGGUGGCUUUAUCCGGAUCAAGCCUCAUCUCGCCAUGAGCAUUACAGCGCGUUUGUCCGUGGGGCAGCUGGUGGGUGCAGACGACACCAUCGGCGACAUUUUGGCGGGAGACCUCCAGAUGCAGGUGGCGCUGGGCUUUGAUGGCAGUGAGAAUGUGGUGAGUGCGCUCAACUGGCUCUCCAGUAGUGACCUGGGCGAUUCCCUACCAGACCUCCUGGGCGGUGCCGCCUCUGCUUACUACGUGGGCCCGGCCGCGGCGGCCGCUGGUUUGCGGCAGGCGGGCGCGUCCUCCCAGGUGGUGAGCCUGGUGGAAGGCAUGCAACGAGCCACCCUGGUGCAGAGUGUCACCGGCUAUGUGACCUUUGCGCUCAGUGGAGUCUCCAAUGGGAUCUUGCCAGACAUGUCCUUCCAACUCACCCAGGUGAAUCUCAUGUUGAGGAGUGGACCAGCAAGCAGCAAUGAGGAUACCAACGUGGCUGAAUCGCAUUUGCCUGGGAUGUAUUUUUAUCUCUCAUCAGACCUAGGCUCCUUCGUGCAGACCAUCGUCCGGACGGUCUUGGGGCAGGUUGGGGGCCUGUUGGAUGUCAUUGGGGUGAACGUGGACAGCGGCAUCUCCUUGACUGCCAACCAAGGAAUUGGCUUCUUCGUCAAUACUGCUGGAUUGGGCUUCAUCACCACGGUGAAUGUGGGCAACUCCGCUACUACGGUGCGCUGCGCUUUCAAGUUCGGGAAUCAGAAGUUGAAGUGCAAGGCUCGCCUCGGCUGGGCCGAGCUGUUUCUGCAGUCCGGCAAGUAUGUUGUGAACAAGAUCAACAACUUUGCAGGCAGCGGAGCACAAGAAGUGGCAACCUUUUUCAAGGAGAAUGUGGGGGGUAAUGGCGCCAAAUUUGCCAAGAGCGUGGUGAACAAGGGCAAGAAAGUGGCCAACAAGAUCAAGUGCAAGCUCUCCAACCUGCUGGGCGGCAAAUGUGGUAAGUCGGGUGGAAGUCCUUCCAGCUGUGGAGAUGGCACAGAGUAUGUCAUCAAGAACGAGCAGGAUCGAUGCUUUAUGGUCUCACCAGAUUGCUUUGAGCCAGAUUCUUCUGGUAAGGUCUAUUGGCGAGAUUGCCGACCUGCCUUCGACGAAUGCACCCACACGUCAAGCAGUUAUGCUGAGCAGAUGAAGAGCUUUUGGUACUUCACCAAAGAUAAAUUCCUUUGCAACGAGUACCUCAACAACAUGUAUUUCGCUGAUAUCAGCGAUCCAGACAACAAUCCCAAAUGCAUUCGCCUGAUCGAUCAGACGGUGGUGUUUUCGAAUUCUCCGACGCGAAUCCAUAUUGCCAAGAAAAGCACCGAGAGGUUUCGGAUCGCUUUCGAUGGUGUCACUGGCCCGUACGGGCAGGUUUGCUUCCAAAGCUCUUCUGCUGGCAGUUUCCUGAACCAGGGCCGCCGUCGGAGGCGCUAUUGGCAGCAGACCUAUGUCAGAGGCUAUGACGGUGGCCGUCGGAGGCGCAGAUGUGACAAGGACAGGGAUGGAGCCAAUAAGAUGAGGAUCUAUCAAAAGUUGGAGCCGGGGAACGGAGGCAACUAUGAGAAGGAAAAUGGAGAUCAACAAUUUCACAAUGGCUGUGCAAAGACCUCCUCGCACAUGUAUGAUGCUGGUGAGUUAUCGCAGGAUUUGCGAGACUUUGGAGGAGCCUCAUGGGCAGUGUCAGAUAUCCUGGAGGCUGAGGUGCCCAAAGUUCAAGAUCAGGAGCUUUACCAAUCCCUGGCGGACGCUGCAUCGGCCAGAGACCUGGAGCAGCUGCUGGAGAUCACCGACGCGCACUUGACAGAGCUGAGCAGCAUCAAUGCUGCAUUUGCCUUGAUCCGCGCGGCGAGGAUGCUGGAGGCGGAAAGAAAGAGGAAGGAGGAGGAGCAGAAGCCGCCCAACCCGAAGCUCCUCAACCUUCUCCGACAUGUAGAAGGUAUGGUGCUGACGGAAUCGCAUCGCAGAGGAGGCUUUGAACGCGCCGACGAGUCUGAGGACUCCUCUGACGAUGGCGAGGACCAAGGGCUUCAGCUGGCGUGGACCCUGUCGGCCAUCAGUUGGGCCUUGGGCCUCCUCCGCUACCGGAAUGACGAGAUGCUCUUUAGCCUUGCCAGUCUGGUGAAGCCACGCUUUCCACAUUUUAGUCCACACCAGCUUCAGAACUGCCUCUGGGCCUUUGCUUCCUUGGGCAUGAAAGAGCCUGGGCCCUUCUUUGGGGCAGCUGUUGAGACCAUCGAGCCCAGAAUUGCUGAUUUCAGCAAGGAGAGCUUGGUGGCGAUCCUCACCUCCUUCGCCAAGGUCAAGGUCUUCAGCGCGAACCUGUUCGAUGAUGCGGCCGAGGUCUUGGCGAGCGCGGGUGAGACCCUGCGGCCUCAGGACAUUGCGAACUGUACCUGGGCUUUUGCUAUGUCUGGGCACCCGCACCCAGAAAUCUUCAGAGGCCUGGGGAACUCUGCGAAAAAGCGCCUGGAGGAGUUUCAGCCGGAACAGGUGGCGCUCUUGGUUUGGGCCUUCGCCUUCGUGCGCUACCGAUCCGAAGAGCUCUUCGAGGCUGUAAAAUGCGAUGUGGCUCAAAGACACCAGGACUUUACGCCAGAUAGCCUGGCCAACGUCCUGCAAGCCUUCGCUUUAGUUGGUCAUCGAGGUAGCCAGGUGAUCCUCGAGGCGUCCUCCAAGUAUAUCAUCGCGAACAUGCAGGCUUUCAGGCCAAAGGCCUUGGCCAAGCUGGUGUUCGCUAUCAGCCAGACACGCUAUGCCAAUGCGACUUUGUCAAAGGCCAUCGCAUCGGAGUUCCUGCGCAUCAUGGAAGAAAUACCUGGGCCCAUGUUGACAGCCAUGCUGGUGGCCUUCUCCAAGGUGCAGUUCAACUCCUCGGAGUUCUUCCGGCAGGCCGCGGCCAAGGUGGCUCCGAUUUUGGUGGACUUUGAAUCGUCCGCCUUCGUCAGAUUGUUGAAGCUUUUCGCCGCCAACGGUGGCAUCGACCAAAGCCUUGUCCAGGACAUUACCGAGGAGGCCAUCGAGCGAAUCCCCAACCUGCGUGCCUCCGAGCUGGUGAUGCUCACAAGGACCAUGCUGUCGAUGUGCCAAGCCUCACCUCAUCUUCUCGAAAACUUGGCCGAUCACGGAAGCAAAGUGCUUCCUCAGAUGUCGCAGAAGGAGUUGGCGUCCUUCAUUCGCUCCCUAAGCGGCAUGGGUCUCACGUCUGCUUCGAGCACGGGCGAAGCCAUCUUUAAGCAGGCAGCGAUCAAGGCCGCUCGGCAUCUCAUGGCCAAGAAGGAGGACCGGCGGUCCAAGACCUCGGACAUCGCUUGCUUGUCACGAGCCUUUGCUCGUGCAGCGUCUGCCACGGGUCCAGUGGCCGACAAAUUUCAGGCUGCCGGCUCCGAGCCGCCUUCAGAACUGUUGGAGGUGAUCAAAGGCUUUUUGCAAGCAGCGGUGAAGGAGGCGCACUUGCGGGACGAGUUCCGCGCUUCCCCGUCCUGCCUCGUGGGCGUGCUGUGGGCCGCCUCGCAGUGUGGGGUGCCCUGUGAUACUCUGACGCAGGUGGCCAAGGGCGUUUUGCUUCCACCCGAUGCCGGCGACUCCAGCCAGCUCCGGAAACUGCAGCUGCCCGAGCUGGCCGAGCUAGCGCAGGCCUUGACCUCACUGGGCGUCGAGGUGCCGGAGCUCUACCGGGCCAUCUCCGACGUGGCCAUUCAAUGUCUGCAGGAUCAAGCUAGCGAUGUAGGGGCGGCCCAGGAAGCGGUGGCUGGCGACCACGUCUUGCUCCCGCUACGCAUUGGCGAGGAAGUGGCCUUGAGCGGCACCCUCCAUCUCCGCGUGCUGCGCGGCGCGGCGGAGGUCUGGGGGUCCAGGCUCUCCAACGAGUUUCGACGCAUCGUGGUGCCUCCCUGGUCUCCGACGCCCCGACUUCUGGCUUUGCGCGGAGCUGACGAAGACGUGGCAACGUCUGAGCCGGCAGAGAUUCGCUCCUUUCUGGAGGCCCGCAAGUGGCCAGUGGUCCUUUGCCUCCGCGCACCCCGCGCGGUGGACGCUGCGAGUACCGCCGCGCCUCGCAUCACCGAGCUUCAACGCCUUCGAGAGGCGCUCGCAUCGCCUGAAGCGCGGCAUCGCCUCCGAGCGCAUCGUGCAUGGCCGAAGAUCGUGCAGCACUUCGUGGAACAGUGUAUCCGUGGCUCCAGUCACGAAAACCCUGCGGUGUUACUGGUGAUGGGUGCGAAGGGAGUGGGAAAGUCCACGUGCUGCCGCUUCCUGGUGAACCGGCUCCUCUUGCAAGUUCCAGAAGUCUAUUUCUUAGAAACGGACCUGGGUCAACCGGAGCUGGGACCACCGGGAGUGGUCACUCUGCACCGGAUCAAGGACCCCUUGCUGCAGGUGCCUCAUGCGGAGCAGCAGCUGCAUGAACGUUGUGAGGCCUUCUUCGCUGGCGCUGCCACACCACAGAGUCAUCCAGCUCUCUAUACCGCCUCAGUGGCCAAGGCCUUUGAAGCUUAUUGCGAGAUCAUCAAGGGUCAGGUGAGACCUCCACCGUUGAUGGUGAAUUCUCAUGGCUGGGUCACAGGCCUGGGCCUCGAAAUGCUUCAGCAGAUUGUUGCCACCGUGGGUGCCCAGCUGGUCCUUCGUUUGCAGACCACCUCCCCGCGUGCACCGCGCGGAACGGCGGAAGCAGCGAAACGGUUUGCGAGGAGAAGUUCUCUCUCCCGCUGUGGACCACUCGCCCGAGCACUGGCGAGACACCAACGGGGGCCUGAUGGAGAGCCCUUGUUGACCCCAGAGAAAGAGUUGGUGUUGGUGGACAUCGAGUCAGCCGUCCCACGCCAUAGCCACUCUCCUACUGCUGUGCAGUUGCGAUGGCUUCGCAUGGCUGCUCAUUUCAAACCGAGCCUGGACCCUUGCCGUUACGCUGAGGCCAUGGCAAUCCAGGAUUUCUUCUCGGAUGUACCCAGGUGGCACCUUCCACUGACGCGCUUUCGUUUUGGGCUUUUUGCUGGGCACUUGCUGCCCAGCGAGGUGGAGGCUGCCUUGACGGGCGCCGUGGUGGCCUUAUGCUAUGACGCUUGGGAACCCAACAGUCGGGCCGUGGCGAAGGCACCAGCAGAGCUUGAGAUCUUUGAGCCACAUGAAGCGCCAAUCAAGUUCCUGGCCUAUGCCUUUAUCCAUUCCUUCAACUUCAAGACAGGCGAGCUGGUGGUUUAUGCCAACAUUUCUGCAGCAAAGCUGAAACAGGUGAAUUUGCUCCUGCGUGGAGAAGUCACCUGGGAACCCAACACCACAAAGAACUUACAGUUGGGAGAUCAACGAGUUUCGCCACUGCAGCCUUACUCAGCACCAUGGCUGCUGGAGGGCCUGGGCGUUGGCACCCGGGUGAUCAGUACCAAGGUGAUCCCAGAGAAACGUUUGGUGCCCGCUGCUGAGCUGCUACGCUUCUUGGCCACUGCUGGGUUGCUGGCCUCUGGCUUGGCACGCGCGAUCUCCGAAAAGGUGCUGGAGGCUCUCACGGAGGCGGAACAUGGGAAGACGAAGGUGCCAGCCUGGGUCAUGGCACGCUGCAUUGCUGGCCUCGCCAUCGCCGUCCAGGUGGAGCCCGUGAUCUCCGCGCUGAAAGCGCUCUCGCGCGCGGCGGCGCCCCGUGCGGUCGAGCUGCUUCCGGAGGAGAGGGCCUUGAUCUUCUGGAGUCUCAGUUUGCAGAGUUGUUACGAGGCCAUCUUCGAUUCGGUCCUGGAACAGACUCCAUGGACCUUCUGGGCGCCGAAUCCCAAGGAAGAGUUCAUCGUAGAGGACGGUAACGUCAUCCCCAGCGGGAAGCUCAUUGCUCUUUGUCAGGUUCACUUGGCGGAUCUCGCCUUGCAGCUCGAGGGCGGCCGCAAUCGCAAGGGACUGUCGCCGGCACAGAGGCAACAUGUCCUGGAAGCGGCUGGAUUGAUGCAGCGGAUGAACCUGGAUAAGGAACCAUUGUCUGAACCCGCAGAGGCCAUUUCUGAAGCUCUCAGUGCCAUGGAUUUGGUGCCAUUGCUGGGGCAUAGCUCGGUUGAGGGUUUGCCGUUGGGCAUUUGUGUCUCAUCUCCAAGCAUGAGGCACACGACAGUGACCAUUGAGGUGGAUCAGCCUGGAGACUUUCUCUUGGACAUCGACUCCAGCUAUGCCCACCGUUUUCCACCAACAACUCUGAGGAGAAGAUUGCUGUGGCGCUUAGGCUAUAGCGUGGUGGUCUUGCCAUGGUAUGAGGUCAGAAGCUGCAAUAGUGAGCAGUUGCAGCAGCUACUUCGCACGAAGCUGGCUGUUGCUCCGCCCUCGCCCUUCGUGGAGACCGCGCGGCAGGACUCCCAACGACCGGAGACUGCAGGACAUCCAUUCCUUGGACCAGAUACCAGCAGUCAAAGCAGCGAAGAUGCUAGAUCAGCCGGCAAUGGCGCCCGACUCAGGGGCCAAAUGCUGAGGCCACCUGGCUUGUGA